CAUGGUUCACCGGUCUGCUUCUGUGGAAGGUAAUUCAUCCAUCUCAGGCUAUCCGACUAUGUCCUGCCCUGUUAGGUCAUGCUAUUUUCCCCGUCUUUCGGCGAGUACAGAAGCGGGAAAUACUCCAGGGCGUGGCAUAGGAUCCCGGCCUUGCGAGCUGAAAAGAGCUCACACCUCUUCCUCCCUUGCGUCCUACUAUUACCUAUGCUGCAUGCGAGUGAAUGCAUGCAGACAACAGCUUUGCAUAUCGAUCCAGUAAUGCAACGGAAUCAUAUGCGCCAUGGCAACGUCGCUCCAUAUCUUCCUAACCGAAUAUUCGUACUAAUAGAUAACUUCCGUGGCGCCAUCGCUCUGGAACGAAGGUGAUAAACUCAUGAUAAUGGAUCAUCCAUGAGGCAACUCUCCAUUCCUGCAGGCCUUCUUCAAGCCUUCUUCAAGCCUUCUUCAACGCUUCGUCCAGUUUGAAAUCCCGUUCUACCCGGGAGCCUCGUUCAUAAGUCCUGCUCUU